AUGAAGGGAUUCUUCGCCGGUGUCGUCGCUGCUGCCACCCUCGCGGUCGCCUCCGCUGGAGACUACUGCGGCCAGUGGGACUGGGCCAAGAGCACUAACUACAUCGUGUACAACAACCUCUGGAACAAGAACGCCGCCGCAUCGGGCAGCCAAUGCACGGGCGUCGACAAGAUCAGCGGCUCCACCAUCGCCUGGCACACGUCGUACACCUGGACGGGAGGCGCGGCCACGGAGGUCAAGUCGUACUCGAACGCCGCGCUGGUCUUCUCCAAGAAGCAGAUCAAGAACAUCAAGUCGAUCCCCACCAAGAUGAAGUACUCGUACUCGCACUCCUCGGGCACGUUCGUCGCUGACGUGUCGUACGACCUGUUCACGAGCUCCACCGCCAGCGGCAGCAACGAGUACGAGAUCAUGAUCUGGCUGGCCGCGUACGGCGGCGCCGGCCCGAUCUCCAGCACGGGCAAGGCCAUCGCCACCGUCACCAUCGGCAGCAACAGCUUCAAGCUGUACAAGGGCCCGAACGGCAGCACCACCGUCUUCUCGUUCGUCGCCACCAAGACCAUCACCAACUUCUCGGCCGACCUGCAGAAGUUCCUGAGCUACCUCACCAAGAACCAGGGCCUGCCUUCCAGCCAGUACCUCAUCACGCUCGAGGCCGGCACGGAGCCGUUCGUGGGCACGAACGCCAAGAUGACCGUAUCCUCGUUCUCGGCUGCGGUCAACUGA